AUGUCUGACAAAACAGAAAUCACAGCCAGCGAAGUUAAACCGAAUCCUGAAUAUAUUGGUGCUUUCUCGAACCUAUCAAUCGAGUCUUGUGUUCGAUUAAGUUUUCCAGGCGAUCGUUAUCCUGCAUCAACAAUUCAGCUGUUUCUCGCAAAAUAUCAUUCACUUCCAUGUGUUUUACAUUGUGCCAGCAAUAUUGAUAGAAGAUUAUUCCAUGUAACAACAAUACGAGGUUAUUUCCAUGAUGAAUUCCAACAUGAUUCAAAUACCGAUCUGAUCACCGGAAAUUACAAUUGUCUAACAAAUCAAAUGGAAGUCAAUACGUGUUUUUGUGAUUUAAAAAACGGCGUGAUGGUCGAGUUUUCAGAUUUUUAUAUCAAUUCCGACGUCUUAAAUCCAAACAGAUUGAAGGCAGAUGAUUUGAACGGUGGAUUUGCAGUGACACAAUCCAUUAAUAUUUAUUUUCUUCCACAUCAGAUGACAUUAGUGCAAGAAAUGAGCAAAUCUUUUUAUAAAAUGGCAGUUUUAACUCCAGAACCAAGCCGAACAUUUACUCUACAAAUGGUAUGUCGGAAUCAAUGUGGAUAUUACCUCACUAGUAUUACGAUAAAGAAGCCAGUUAUUACCGAUCUUGCGCUUCAUUAUGGAAAAGAUUUCGUGUCAGUUCAUGAGAAAAUUAUUAAAAAUUUAAACAAGAAAGAAGAUAAAGGUAUCGUACUUUUACAUGGUAUUCCUGGUUCAGGAAAAACUCAUUAUAUUCGAUAUUUAAUCCAUGAAAUUGAAGGUAAAUCGUUGAUCUAUGUUCCACCGGAUAUGGCAAAAGAAAUUUCUUCACCGGAUUUUCUUCCAUUUCUCAUGCAGUAUCCCGAUUCGAUUCUUAUCAUUGAAGACGCAGAGAAUAUUAUCAAAGAUAGAAAUGAAUCGUUUUUUCCGUCACAAGCUGUUGCUAAUCUUCUGAAUUUGUCUGAUGGUUUAUUAGGUGAUGCCAUGCAUCAACAAAUCAUCGCUACAUUUAAUUGUGAUUUAACGACAAUCGAUCCAGCUUUACUGCGCAAGGGUCGUUUAAUUGCCAAUUAUGAAUUCAACAAAUUAAGCUUAGAAAAUUCAAAAAUUCUCUCGGAAACAUUAGGAUUCGGAACAACAAAUGUCACUGAACCAAUGACAUUGGCCGACAUUUAUAAUCAGAAUGAAGGUGUUUCUUAA